CGGUGACGAACAAAUCACCGGCCGCGCUCGGGAUCCGGGAGCGCCGCCUCGUCUUUGCCUUCGGGUCGGUGAAGAAUUCACCGGCCACUGCCGCCGCCGCCGGCGCCACCGCCUCCCUGAUUCCGCCACGACUGUUCCCAAGGGAACAGUGGAAGUGUACAACAAGGGAGUGCAGGCAGAUCCUGAGAAAGGACACAGAGGUCUUUAUUAGCUGAAAUGGCAUCAAAGCUUCAAACCUUUUGGAACCAUCCUGCUGGCCCCAAAACUAUUCAUUUUUGGGCUCCAACAUUUAAAUGGGGUAUCAGUAUUGCCAAUAUUGCGGACUUCGCUAAGCCACCUGAAAAGAUAUCCUAUCCUCAGCAAGUUGCUGUGACUUGCACUGGAAUCAUUUGGUCUCGCUACAGCAUGGUUAUCACACCGAAAAACUGGAACCUUUUCAGUGUUAACGUUGCAAUGGCUGGUACAGGCUUGUAUCAGCUUUCUCGUAAAAUAAGGAAAGAUUACUUUUCUGAUGAGAAGGAUGCUGCUGCAUCAUUGGAAGGAUAAUGACGACAGACUAGUAUAACUGAUCGAAUACCCUGCAGCCUUCCACCCAGUCUCAGUUUACUUUAGAGUCUGAGGUGCAGAGUUUGUUUCUAUGUUGCUUCUGUACUUGAACGAUGUAAAAAAAAAAAGUAUCCCUGAAAUCCAAAUAAUCAUUUUUGCAUUUUGUGCAAAUAAUAUGCAUAUACUCAAAUAUCCCUUUCCGCUAUGCUGACAGUGUCCAUUCAAAUCUGUACUGGACAAACUUAGCUAACAGCAGUCAAGGAUCUCCAUUGUUUUCAAUCAGAAGCCACUACUGUUUUCUUAGAAACUAGUUAAAUAUCUG